AGGGGCUGUGUGUGUGUGUGUGUGUGUGUGUGCAGAGAGAGAGGCUGUCUUAUAAUGCACUGUAAACACUUUGCUACAGUAGUCACCCCUCCUCAGUGGAGCAGCGCGUGCACGGAGAAGGCGGCUUCAUUUGGAGCAGAGAUGCGCUCAGCGGUACUGUGUACAGGAGCUCUAGAGGAGUGAUAUACACACUUACACUCUACAGGAGCUCUACAUGAGUGAUCUGCACACUCAUACUCUAUAGGAGGUCUACAGAAGUGAUCUGCACACUCACACUCUACAGGACUUCUACAGGAGUGAGCGCAGAGUGAGUAGGGGAAGAAGUAUGGAUUAAGGAGGGCCAAGCCCGAAGCGGACCGCACUGCUCCGGAGCUGCGGGAAGGAUGCCCGAGCGAGGAUGUGCAAGCCGGAAGAUCGUCUGCAGUCUGCUGGUGCUGUCCGUGCUGCAGGUGGGGCUCGGCGCGGCCAGCAUCGCGCUCGGAGCCGUGGCCCUCAGCAGAGCGCGAAACGAGCACAAGACGCAGCAGGGUCAUGCGUCCCCGGUGUGGAGCGGGGUGUGUUUCCUUGUCUGUGGGCUCUGUGGGAUGCUGUGUGCGAGAAAAAGGACUGGUCUGGUUAUGAUCCUGUUCUCAGCGUGCUGCAUUUGCGGCCUGAUCGGAGGAAUCCUGAACUUCCAGUUUGUGCGGGCGCUGGUGAAGCGUCCCGAUGCGGUGCGUUCGCUGCACAUGGCCGCCAUGUCUCUGGCCUGCCUGGGGAUCAGCAGCUGCACCCUGUCCACGUGGCUGACGUGCCGGCUGGCCAGCAACGAGCAGCAGCGCAUGUUCCUGGAGCGCGAGCACUCGCUGCAUCACUCGCACGAGAUGGCUGAGAAGGAAGUAAUGGAUAACUCCAGCAAUGGCAUCCCACAAAUCACAUACAACGGUCGGAGCGCAUCACCGUGACAAACUUGGGUCUCACUUUGAUGACUUUGCACUCUCGUUAGGAAUGAUGUUACGGGGCUGAUGGCCAUCUGUAGGACAUUUCCUGCACACAGCAGGCCCUAGGAUACUUAAUGCUACUGUGGCAAAAAAAAAAAGGGGAGAGAUGAUCUCUGUGGAUUGAGCACCAAUCAGCAUUCAGGGACGUGAUGCCUCAGGAGUGUUCAUUAGUGAGUACAGAGCAUUGUAUCAGUAAGCACAGAACAUGCAUGUAAACUUGACUUCCUUACUCUCUCAUAUUAUCCCUCUCCCUUCCUUAAUGCAUUCCUCCUGCAUCUCUCCAUUAUUCCUUCUGAUUAUGGGUUAUGGGAAUGAUGAAUCUGUCUCUGAAUUUCUUAUGUAUGGCAUAUUGAAUGCUCGGACCUCAAAUAUACAAAAUGCACAAUGUAAAAUGCUUGAACAAGAGAAUAAUUUAUUGAUUUACAGUAUUUUUAUAUAAAGGCUUCAUAUAAAAAUGAAAUAAAAAGACUGAAAUGCA